CGAUUACAAGAUGAUUAUUACGAUAAACAACAAAUUACAAUAAACAAUCCACGAUGGCACUGAACUUUAUCCCAUUCUGGAACUUUCCGACCGGGAGGCAGCGAACAUUAAUUCAGCGAGAACACUAAAUCGCUCUUUGUGACUCACGAAGGAAUCAAGCUUAGGUCGUGCCACGACCAGCGAGAAAGUCACCACGCAACUUUAGCGUUUCGAAUUAAUAAUCGCAUACCUACAGAUUUGUUAAAACCUUAACUGAAUUAACUAAUUCUUGGUAAAUUAUUUACGUAACAUAAAUAUAUACAUACGUACGUGUGUAUUGUAUAAUGAAAACUGUUUGAUAAUAAAUUAUAAUUUUAAUUAUUUAAUUAUACGCUGAUCACUAAAUAUUUUAGUAAUGUUCAAUGUGUACAUCGGAAUGUUUGCGGAAGCGAAUACUUGAAAAACUCGAUCGAUAAGUAAAAUAGAGUUGUCUUUACAUACAAAUCUUUGUCAAUUAAUAACUUAUUAAUAACCUUUAUUUUCGUAAGAGUUUUAUGUUAAGGCGCAGAUUAACCAGUUAUUAAAUGCCGCCGACCGCAAUAUUGUAGGAGACACAGGAUACACAGGACAGUAUCAAUGAAAUAGACUGAAAUUGGAUUUUUUGAAUGACUAAUGUAAGGACUCGAUCUACUAGCAGACUUCCUGUGUCAUAGGGUCAGCCGUUGUCUCGGUUGAUAGGCCAAAUUGCUCGAAGCGACACCACACAGCCGCACACGCAUCCUCACAGUAUCACUACUCCACAAGCUAUUACAUCCUCUUUGCCGCACAGAAUCACAGAAUACCGCAGGGUUUGGUUAGUGGCGCACGCUUCGGUCCGCUGCGUAGGCACAUUCGAGCGCGGUUAGAAAAGCAAAAACAAAAUUUACCGUGAAUUAAAACAGUGCAGUGCAUCGCCUGACUAAUCGAGUCCCUAACGAGUCCCAGGUAUUUUUAGUUCUGCGUCGAAACAGGUUUUCGGGAAAAUAAUCGCGAAAGUUUUCGUCUCGAAAGUGUUUUUAUUGCCCGGCAUUUAAAUAUCAAGGCGUCGAACGUUUAAAACAAGUGAAGUCUAUUUUUGAUCAAAAUAACAUGUGUGUGAUUCGUUACAAUGUUUUAACAUUGCAAAACGAUUUUAAAAUAGAAACGUCGACCCGAAUUGUGAUUGAAGAAUAACUCAAUACAGUUCUUAUCUACAAAAUUACAUUUAUAUUAAUUGAUUUUUAAUAUUUCCACUGAACUGCCCUGUCUCACUGCUGUUAAUGAUAUACGUAAUUAAGGAUCUGACUGAAACAUAAUGGGGCGCUACCGACUUUUAUUUGUGAUUGCAAUAACAAUUCUGGGUAUCCAAAUCGGUCGCAGCGACUCUCUCUCGGAUAUGACCAAUCGCGACGAAAGUUCCGCUCUAGCGAAAGAAGUUAAAGAUAACAGCCGUUACAAAACACUUGAAGCAAAUGCUAUUAUGUCGAAAUUGCUUGUUGAUGACAAAGACGGAGUUAGCAGGUCAGAAGUCUUUGACAUGCUACAUUCUCGUGAUGAUAGUCCUGAUAACUUCGACUUGCCGACUUUCCCUGAAGACGUGGAAGACAUGAAGAGCGAAGUUCCCGGUUUGCCUGAUUCACAGGCUGAAUUUUUACAGGUUGCUGACAGUGAGGUACGUAAAGAUUCACAAAAGCUGCGAAGACCAGCGAAACGGGAAGAACCAGUUGGUCUCGCAGCUGGAAUUAUGGUUAUUGUCACCUGUAGUAUUGUAUUCGUCGCCUAUUCCGCAUUAAUUAUCUGGAGAAGGAUAUAUUUAAAAAGAAACGGUCUCAAGCAUGAACUUUUAAGAAACGAAGAGGUUGUUGCUGAAACAAGACUAGAGUUGUGAAGAUCUCUAGACAAUCAUCGUUAAUGAGAAAAAUAAAUUCAAGAUCGAGACGAAAAUAGGAAAACUUAAGACUGAAAUCUUUAGAUCGUUAGAAUUUUAUUCGUAGCGAUUUUAUUUAGAAACAUAGUUGCGUGACUGUUCGCUAAAUAGUAUUCUUUGGAAUGAUAGUAAUUUUAAAUGCAAAAAAUUAUGUAAAAUUAUUCUAUUUAUUCAAAAAUGAUUUUGCUAGAGUCGCCUGUAAAUGCUUAGCAGCUUUCAAUAACGUCUUCAAUAAUUCGGAAGCCUAUUACUAUUAUUGUAAGCAUUUAAAGAAGUAAGAUAACGCUAUUUUGAUAUGCAUCUUCAAGCUUGGUCCCAUAGCAUCAAAUUGAUUCAAAGCAUUCGUUAAUAGGUACUCGCAUAUACUUGUGACGUAUUUUAAAGGGAAAUCUUUUUAAGACCGGGAAAAAUUAAUCACUAUUAUACUACUUAUCGCCUGUUUAUCAGCAAAUAAGUAAAACUUGAUCAAACGAAAAACAAUCCUUAUUUUUUUUUUAAUAUUCGUUACUGUAAAGUAAAUUACUAUAAUCAAUACGUAAGUGCCAUACCCAAUAUUACACUUCUCAUAGAUUACUCUUUUAUGUAAAUACCACGACUAUUAUAUUUUUGGAAUGGCAUCACGAUUUAUAUAAGUUUAAUUGAAGUCAAUUUAUGUCUGUGAUGUAAUAAUUAUCUCGUAAGAUAUUUUUUUCCAAAAUAAUUUAAAUAAAACAUAAAGCGCA